AUGGCCAAUGAAGAGCUGCUGCAGAAAUUGCGCCGGCAGCGGCUUCGCAUGGGCGAAGAUCCGUUGCCGUUGCCUGUAGGGACCCGCCCGCUAGACCAGACAAAGGAGAGGCGCAGCCGACGUGAUGAGCUGGUCUCGCUGGAGAAGAAGGGCGAGGUGAUGCAGCGGGCUCGAAAGUUUCAGAGCACCGACAGUCCCGGGCCAUCCCCGUCUCGAACACCUGGACGCAUCAACCUUGAUUGUUGGGAGCAGCGAUGCCGUGAGAAGGGCUCUUCGCAGGCUUGCGGAGCGGCAGCAGCUCUAGCGGACUCGUCUGCUCCUUCGUGGCAGGAGAUGGAGGCCGAGGUGCCAUUCACGGGCUUGGAGCCCAUCGAGGAAAAGCCGCAGCCUGGCCCUGGCCAUCCGGCCGAGGAGGCGGAGGGCGCCGAGGGCGCCCCGGCGAUGCCUGCAACGGAUCCCGGCUCUACGGUCUGUACGGAGCAAGCUUCGCGCGGCACAGAGAUGCCCCCUGACGAUCUGCAGGAGACCGCCUUGCUGGAAGGGGAAACCAAUAGCAAGAAGGCUCCUGAAGCCGAGUGUUUCUGCAUGUGGGACAGCGAGGAAGAAAAUUGCAUGACGCAAGAUGACUUGACGUCCAACAGGUCUGCAGCUGAUGUGGAUGCAGAGGAGCCUCUUGAGUUCUCCAUGCUGGACUACCUGGCAGAGCUACCCGAGGGUGUUGCAGAAAAGCUUCAGCGGUGUUUGAAGACGCACGAGGAGUUGGUGAGGAGAUUGUGCCAGAGGAACGAGCUCCUCCAGGCCCACGUCCGAAACGCUCGCUGCGACGGGAUGGAGGCCAGAAUGUCUCCAAUGACGCCGCAGCAGUCGAAGAGUUUUCCUUUCUCUCCGGCUCCGCCAAGAAAUUCGCCGCAGGCAGCGGCGGCAUUCAGCAGCCGCACGGUGCAGAGGGAACCAAGGCUGGUGAAGCCAAUCACUUCUAAAUCGGUCGCGGAGCGUGGUUCUACCAACCAGGGCUGUUUGGCCGAGCACGAGGCGACCCUGAGAGCGAGGCUGCAGCGCACCAUCAAAGCCUCCAAAGAGCGAGUGCAGGUAAUGCAGAGGCGUGUGGAGCGCGAAGAGCAGCAGGUCAAGAAUCGUUUCGAGGUCGCCAUGCAGACACGAGAAGGAAUGGAGCGCAGCAUCAAGGCUGCCCUUAGGGAGCACAGCCUGGCGAAAGUGCGAAUCGCUGAGCUUGAGGAGGCGAUCAGCAUCGAUGCAGCUCGCUGUCGAGCCAAGGAGAAGGAGCGUGAAGAACUCUCUGAGAAACAGACAGGCCUUCGCAAUGAGCUGAAGGCCCAGCGGAGCAGGGCCUCAAACCAUCAGAAGUGCGAGCGUCGCAUUCAGGACCUGCAACGUGAGCUGGAGGCAUUGACCAAGGCCUGCCACUCCGAAAGUCCUAGGUGGGCUUUGUGA